GGCUUCUAUAACCAGAUCGCCGGCCUGCAGUCCCGGAAUGUGAGCGACUACAUCGAUGUGGUGCUGCGUCACACGGCACCUCCCAGCGAGCACCACAUCUGGAAGCAAUGGGCUCAACGUGAGAUCUUCUCCUGGGACAUGCAGUACUCGGCCAGUGUCCGCAAUGUGACGCAGGGUCUGCUGGAGCUGAGUAACCUAAUCCUGUACCGCGCUCCCGUCAUCUUCUCCAUCCGCCAGUCCUACCGAUCGACACCAGUUUACCUGUACACUUUUGACUACCGCGGCGAACACCACCGCUUUGGACAUCUGAAUAAUCCCCUGCCCUUCGGUGUGGAUGCCUCACUGAGCGAUGACAGCGUCUACUUGUUCCCCUACCCAGUGGAGGCCAGUCGCCUGAAUCCCGUCGACAGGUCCCUGUCCCGUGCCCUGGUCACCAUGUGGGUGAACUUUGCGGUUACUGGAGUGCCCAACCCGAACUCUGGAGUGUGGCCACGAGCCACGUCCGAGUAUGGACCCUUCCUGCGCUUCACCAACAACCGCCAGAAUAUGCUUGAGCUGGAUCCACACUUCGGAGAGGGCAUCAACUUGCCCAAUAUUUACGGAGAGUACUUCAAUGCCACCACCAGCAGCAGUGGAUCGGUUGCACCACCGACCAGACCCUACACAUAUCCAACAUAUCCAACCUAUCCCACUACUACCACCACCACCACGACCACGACCACAACUACCAGGCGUCCGUACGCGUAUAAUCCCUAUGCCAACUGGCAGAACAGGCAACCGCAACAGACUUGGCGUCCAGCAAAUCCAGACUACGUGAGAGCUCAGGAGGAGCGGCAGGCGCAGUUCAUCCGGGAUCAGCAGUUGCGGGCACAGCGGGAAAGGGAGCAGCGUUGGCGAGAGCAGCAGCAGCGGGAUAACCAGAAUCGUCGUCCAGCACAGGAUCCUCGAGAGCAACAACGUCAAGAACACGAGCAACAACAACGAGAGAAGGAGCUGCAAGAACAACAGCGUCGCGAACAAAUACUGCGAGCGCAACAACAACGAGAGCAAUAUGAACGUGAGCAGCGAGAGCGUGAGCAGCGAGAGCGAGAACGGGAGCAGCGAGAGCGAGAACAGCGAGAGCGGGAGCAGCAAGAGCGAGAACAGCAAGAGCGUGAGCAGCAAGAGCGAGAGCAACAAGAGCGAGAUCAAUCAGUACGCGAUGAAAACCCAAAUAACGAACUUGAACCCUAUCCCAGCUAUGAUGACUAUCUCCGAAAUCACCAAGACCAGUCUUCUGAAUCAACACCCGAUCGUGGUUACGACGAGGAGCUGCAGAGACGUGAGCAGCAGGCACGGGAACAGGAGGAGCGACUCGAGGAAGAGCGCUUGCAACAGGAACGAGAGCAGCAGGAGCGGGAACAGCAGCCGGAUGAAAAUCCCGACGAUGAUCGACAAUCCUAUCCCAGCUACGAAGAUUACCUUAAAGCGCAGCAAGGAGAAAAUCCUCCAGAUACGGAACCAGAGCGUAACUAUAACGAGGAGCAGGACCGCGAGCAACAACUCCGUGAGCAGCAUGAACGAGAGCAGCAGGAGCGUGAGCAGCAGGAGCGUGAGCAGCAGGAGCGUGAGCAGCAGGAGCGUGAGCAGCAGGAGCGUGAGCAACAGGAGCGAGAGCAGCAGGAGCGUGAACCCCAACCUGACAGUGAUGAUCCGCGUAACUAUCCCAGCUACGAUGAUUAUUUAAGAGCUCACCAAGCCAGGCAACCAGCCGAAUCCGAUUUCGAUGCGGAAUUACAGGAUCGGGAUGAGGAGCGAAGGGAUCAGGUAGAUCAGGAGCAAGAAGAGCCACUUGAGGAGAAUCCGGAAGACUCUGAAGACCAGGAACCUUCCGAUCCGGCCAACGAUCCCAGCUCCUAUCCAAGCUACGAGGAUUACGUGCGUGCCCAGCAAAAGAUGCGCGAGGAGGAGGAGGAACGUGACAGAGCCCUCGAGGCACGAGAGAGGCCGAAGAGGAGCAGGAAGAGGCCCGUCAGGAACAUCCCGGAUAUUCACAAUUCAGGAGCCUGGCCAACGGACCACAGCACAUUAAGCUCAUGCACAGACACCAGCGACGCAGGCAUUAAAUAAUACCAAUCCCGUCUUUUAAUUUCUUUUAAAACACUCUUUUUAUAUUAAAAUAAACACAAUAUGAGCUAUCUGUACUAAU